AGGCCGCGUUCCAAAACAAAGAUUGAGCGUGUUUGUGAGCGUGCGACACGAAGUGUGUUCGUCCUGCUCUUCGUCUUCAUUAAGGCCUCGGCUGUAACCCUGGACGAGUCGCAGCGAGCUCGAACGAUGCCAAGGAAUGGCAACAUCCUCGCCGUGGAUAGUGUCGUGUCGCCGGAGGCGUCGAAUGUGAUGGGAAAAGCGGACGACGUCAAUGAAGAUCUGGCGUUGGCCAUCAAAGAAAACCUAAAGCUCAAGUCGCACGAACAGCCGUGCCACGUUUGUCAUCAACAGCGUCAUCCCCGGUACUCCCCGUAUUUUGUGCCUCGUCGGUCGGAAAGCAGCGGUGCGCUGUCUGCCGCGGCGAAAGAUGGAACACGGAAGAUCUGCGCUGCCGGCCACCACCACCAGCCGGAGGAUACCGACAAGGACCCUUACGAACUUUUGCAGGAACUCCUUCGGCAGGGUACGCUCAUCCAAGAAGCUGUGCGAAGGCUUCAGGGCAACGUGGCGGGCAAGAAAAAGACUUCACACUCCUUAGACAGCUCGUCGAGGGACUCGUUUUCAUUUUAGGUUCGCAUUCAAAUGCAAAUUUUGCAUCACAUCACGGACUUUAGCAAUUUCUUCCUGCCCAUCAUGACGAACGCUGAGCGCGUGGCCGGCUGAACGUUUUUCCCACGUGCGCGCUUCCCUGCGUUACUCUGCCUCUGUUUUCGAUAAGCGAUAUGCUUUCGAGUUGUUCGGUCCCCGCGUGCGCUGUGCGAUCGGGAAACCCUUUGUCUUAAUAAAUCGGGACUUGGUUCCGUG